CUCAGCACAGUGCUGCUGCUCAGUACUGAAUCAUGUGUGUGAACAUUAUUUGGCGGAUUUUACACCUGUUUAUUAUAUAUAUUACAUAUAUACAUGGUUUGCAUGCAUGUCAGGUAGAGCUAAUAACCAACACAAGUUUAACCACUGGGCUGCAAUCUGACGUAUUGCUGCCUUGUUCCUUUACAUCAGACCUCUUAGAGUCAAACAAGACAGAAGGAACAAGCGUGGUGUGGAUUCAGAACACUACUGCGAACCCAAACAUUGUGGAGAUCACUCUGGAGGGUGAAUCAAAAUUCUGGAAUGACAGAGGUGGACGGAUAAAAACAUUCCCAAAACUAAAGUCUGAGUUGCCAGACUUCUCCAUCCUAAUCCAUAAUGUGCAGCAGUCAGAUUUAGGUCAUUACUGGUGUAAACUGUAUAUAGAGACUUUCUGUCUCCUAGCCUUUGUAAAUAUUGACCUACAAGAAGCUGUUGUUUCAGAUAACACAGUAACUUGGCUGAUUCUACCUGCAGCAACAGGAGGAGGGAUUGUGCUACUUGUAUCACUCAUAAUAUGUAAACUUGUUAAACGUCAGAAAAAUACCAGGGAGGUUGUGUAUGAGAACACCUCUGAAAUCCGCAAAACAAAGUCGAUCAAUAAAAAAAGUAUCGUCAAAAAUAUCACCAGUGAACCUGCUUAUGUGAACACCUCAGACAUCCACAGAACAGCGUCCAUCCAUAAAGAAAGAACUUCAUGCAACAAUCCCAUCUACAGUUCAGUCGAACAACAAUAAAUGUGUAUAUUGAUCACAGUUUUAAAACUAUUAAACAAUGC